AUGGCCACCAUUGUUUCUCCUCCACAUUUCUCCCCUGUUGAAGAUGCUGAAAACAUCAAGAAGGCUUGCCAAGGAUUUGGAACCGAUGAAAAGGCCAUCAUCUCGAUCCUUGGACACCGGAACUUGUUCCAGAGGAAACUCAUAAGACAAGCUUACCAGGAGAUAUACCAUGAGGAUCUCAUUCACCAGCUCAAAUCUGAGCUCUCUGGCGACUUUGAGAAAGCUAUCUGCUUGUGGGUUUUGGAUCCUCCAGAGAGAGAUGCUCUCUUGGCCAACUUGGCUCUUCAAAAGCCUGUUCCUGACAGCAAGGUCCUCAUCGAGAUUGCUUGCAUGAGAUCCCCUGAAGAUCUACUAGCUACCAGGCGUGCUUACCGUUGCCUCUACAAGCGUUCUCUCGAGGAAGACUUGGCCUCCCGUACUACCGGUGACAUCAGGAAGCUCUUGGUUGCAACGGCGUCUGCUUAUAAGUAUGAUGGGGAAGAAUUUGAUGAGACUCUAGCGCAUUCAGAGGCUGCGAUUCUUCAUGAUGAAAUCCUCGGUAAAGCUGUUGAUCAUGAAGAAACGAUUAGGGUGAUAAGUACAAGGAGCGGUGUGCAGCUCUGUGCAAUCUUCAACCGCUACAAGGAUAUCUACGGUAGAUCGAUCACUAAGGAUAUGCUCAGCCACCCUACGAAUGAGUACCUGAGUGCACUGCGUGCAGCAAUCAGGUGCAUCAAAAACCCUAACCGGUACUACGCAAAGGUUUUGCGCAAUGCAAUCAACACAGCAGGGACUGACGAAGAUGCUCUGACCCGUGUGAUUGUCACACGGGCAGAGAAGGACCUGAAGAAGAUCACUGAGCUGUAUCACAAGAGGAACAAUGAGAGUCUCGAUCAAGCCAUAGCAAAAGAGACAUCAAGGGACUACAAGGCUUUUCUUCUAGCCUUGCUAGGACACGGAGGAAUCUAGAGUUCACCCUCAAA